UUCAGCAGAGAGACUUCCGUGUGGCUGAAGAGCUGCAGCUGCUUCCGUGUGCGCGACGCUCCUUUCUGCUCGGUCGCUUCGGGCUCCGUCUAACCUCUGGUGACCAUGCGCGCGAUUCCAGAGGAGUUAACUGCGCUCAUUUCAGAUCUGGAGAACUUCCUCUGUGAUGGGUUAAAGGGAGAAACUCUGAGCAAGAAGUCAAAGGACAGGAGGGAGACUCUCAUUAAACGAAUCAAAGAGGUCAAACUAAGUUUCCCGCAAGAUUUUAAGGACAAAAGUGUUGAUGACUCGGAUGACUCGGAGGAAGUUGACAGCAACAAUGAUGGAGCGUCGCUGCAGUCUGAGCGCACAGACAAGGAUGACGACGCAGGUGAAGGUGCUCAGCAGUCCCCACCUGUGGCAGCGCAGGACUUGACGUCCAUCAUUAAAGCAGGAUAUCUUGAGAAACGCAGAAAAGAUUACAGCUUUUUUGGCAUCGAGUGGCAGAAGAGAUGGUGCGCUCUGAGCCAGCAUACCUUCUAUUAUUACGGCAGCGAGAAAGACAAGCAGCAGAAGGGCGAGUUCAAUAUCGAUGGCUACUCCGUCAAAAUCAACAGCAGCUUACGGAAAGACUCGAAAAAGGACUGCUGCUUUGAAAUUUCAGCUCCAGACAAGCGAGUCUAUCAGUUUUGUGCGUCAUCGGUGAAAGAGGCGGAGGAAUGGGUGAAGCAGAUCGACUUUGUGUUGCGAGAUAUGACCGGGAUCAUCCCAGAAGAAGACGAGGAUGAACAGUACAUGUAUGAUGAUGUUGGGAAUGUCAGAGGAAAUGUUGAACCUGCAGGUGAAGAAAAUGAUGAAAUCUACGAAGAGCUCCCAGAAGAUGAAAUUCCUGCUCCAGGAAGGCCUCCUCCGAAGGUCGAGCCACCAAGAAAAUCUACUCCUCCUCCUCCUCCUCCUGCAGUUGACAAGAGCACAGACUACCCCAACUACUAUCAGGGCUUAUGGGACUGUGUAGGAGGCCAACCAGAUGAGCUGUCCUUCAAACGUGGAGAGUCUAUCUACAUUUUGAGCAAGGAGUACAACUCCUUUGGUUGGUGGGUUGGAGAGAAGAAUGGAGCUGUAGGUAUCGUUCCUAAAAACUAUCUGAUCGAGCUCUAUGUUCUGUAAAUACCUCUGAUAUAAUAAACUUUGUGCACAAUGUUUAUUUCAAAACACCAAAUAACAGUGUGUCCCUGGCUCCAAUGUAUUAUCUCUGCCCUUCAUUGUAAAAAAGCUGUGAAAAUAUGCUCAUCUGACUCCGAUGCAUUUAA